AUGGCGGGUGCCUUCUUCCCCAGCUGCUUCCAGGCGGGGCCCCCGGACGGGCGCGGCACGGGGCUGCUGGGCGGCUGGGGCGAGGUGGGGCCGGUGCAGCCGCAGCGCGGCCAGGGGAGCUUCGUGGGGCCCCGACGGGCGGAGGGCGAGAGCUGGGCCCCGGGGGAGCCGGCCCCCGUGCCCCUGCUGCCGCCGCCGCCUCCCGGCCCCGAGCCCCUCGCCGCCGGCCCCGCCGAAGCCCCCGACCUCCUCUACGUGGGGCAGCUGCUGCGCCCCGGCCAGCCCGCCGCCCGCGCCGCCCUCGACUUCGCCGGCCAGCUGAGCCGCCUGACCCAGGAGCACCCCGACGUGACCUUCGGCGCCCUGGGCCGCCUCCUGCAGCAGCACUUCUCCCUGGCCCGGCGCUUCCUGCCCAUCAGCUCGCAGGGUCGAGUCCUCCGCGUGGCCCCCCUGCUGAGGGACCUGGGCGUCCAGCAGGCCAGAAGGAACUGCCCGGUUUUCCGGCCCUCACUGCGCCUGCACAGGUUUGCCCACCUGUGUCGAGACUGGCUCUUUGAGCUGCCCCUGGAGCUGAUGGGCGAGUGGGUGCACGCAGACAUGGCUGAGCAGUGGGGUCGCCUGCCCUUCGACGACACCCCCACAGGCGGGGCACUGGCGUGGGUGCCCCAGGGGGGCGGCACGGCACCGGAGCGCUCCGGGUAUCUGGUGUACCCAUCGGGCCAGGCCACCAACCACCUCUGUUUUCAGGAUGUGAUUCUGCAGCCCACCAGCAAGGAGGAGGAGGAGGAGGAAGGCUCUCUGAGGCCGCGCCCUCGGGGCUCCCCUGCCCAAUUUGAGCUCAACGGGGCGAUUCGCCAGGUGGCAGCAGCCCACGUGGAUGGCUGGAACUUCGUUGGGGUGCGUUCAGACCACCAUUGUGGGGUGUGGAGGAAGCAAGGGGCCGCAGAGCCUGUGCCCCUCCAGGUGGUCAGCACAGACGAGGCUUGCACCUCCAUCGCCCUCAGCCCUCACCUGCCGGGCGAGGUGUCCCUUUGCACCCAGGCUGGAGCUCUGUACCUGUGGAAUGUCGAGCUGGGGCUUCAGCGGCUGCACCAGGAGAGGGAGACCAUGUUUUUCUGCGACCCCUCCCCUUGGCGCUGGAGCGACUUCACAGCCCACCCGCUGGUGCUGAGCUACGCAGACCGGACGGGACUGAAGGGCAUCGACCGCAGGGCGCCUGCUGGUCACCAUUUUGAACUCUUCAAGGUGGGCAGAGAAGCGGACUGCCAGCAGGGGGAGCGCCUGGUGCAGGCCAGAUACCUGGGCCAGGCCGAGCCCUACCAUCACCUCGUCGCCACGCAGUUCUCUGUGUACGUGCUGGACGAGCGCUUCCCCAUGGUGCCUCUUCUCCAUUGGAAGCACAUGAUGCGCAGGCCUCCCCUCUACAGCCACUUCAUGCCCGGUGGGGGGCCUGGGCGCAGCCACAAACUCCUCCUGGGCACCCACCCCUCUCAGGAGCUGCUGCUGGUGCAAUACGCAGGUGGCGGCAGCACCCCAUGGCAGCUGUGGGGUAACCCCCAGAAGCUCUUCUCCAUCAGCGAGUGCCUGCCCCACUUCCCCCUGCAGGUGCCCUCGUGCCACAAUGCCCUGAAGCGGCGCCUGGCCGUGCCCACCACUGGCAUCGCAGCCGCCGUGGACCGGCAGGGCCAGAGGGAAUCGUUGCUCGUCUUCCAGCUCUCAGAGGCCGGGGACCUCUUCUACCAGCCCCUCCUCCACCACCACUGCCAGGAGGAAGCCGGCUGGGACGUCCCAGGGGGCCUUGGGGCAGAGGGACCCUGCGUGGCCCCCCCGCUGGGUGCUGCUGCUGCAGCCAGCUACCGCCGCUGGCUCAGGGCCUUUGAGCACAGCUGGCAGCGGGCUUCGGAUGAGGCCCAGCGCCCCUUUACCGCCCGCCAUCUUCGUCUCUUCCGCAGACUAGACUGCCGGGAGCAGCCGGGGGCUGUUGCCACCCUCCAGGAGGCCCGUCAGCGCCUGCGCCACGCCAUGCAGGAGCACCGGAUGCUCUGCCCCGGGGGGCCAGCCCUGGGCCCCCCUGCCCCCCCACCCCCCGUGCCGGAGGAGCCACUGGCCCGGCUCUCCGUGCUGCAGGAGCGGCUGCUGGCCUCCUGGAGGGGGGGCUGGGGCGCCUGGUGGCGGGACAGGCUGGGGCAGACCAAAGCUCAGAAGCGGCGGGAGCUGCAGAAAGAGCGGCGCCGGCGGAAGAGGGCCCGCGGCACCCCAAGCCUCUCCCUGAGCUUCACCUCCUCGCCCGGCUCCCCGUCUGCCCUCAGCGAACUGUCCCAGGGCUCCUGCAUCAGCCGAGCCUCCUCUGCCGCCCCCCAGGAUGAGUCCCUGCCAGGCUCCCAGGGGUCGCUGCUCUCCAGCCAGACCCUGAGCCGGCGAGGCAUCCCCCGGGAGCGCCGCCGCACCCUGCGUGACUAUCUGGCCAUCCUGGAGCCGCCGCCGGAGCCCCCCGAGGAGGACCUGAUCCUGUCGCAGCCAGCCAGCCAGCGCUCUCUCCCCCCCUCCUCCUCCCAGGGCUCUUCACAGCCCCCCCGCAGGUCCCGCAUGGGCUUCUGA